GGCUUCCUCUGGCGGGAUAUUUGGAGAUCCAGCUCUUGAAGUCAAGAACUUUUGUCUGAACCGAGGCUGCUCAGAUUCAUAAAUGAUGAACGUUAGCAGGUCAAGCCACUCCAGACAUGUGAAGUGUCUUCCCAGGUUCCUCAUCUAUGGCCUAAUUAAGCAAAUGAAGCAAAACUCUCCCAGUGGUGCCAGUAUAAAAAGAAAAAAAGGUAAAAGCAGCAGAGUCCAAACCAAAAGGAGAUCUAUUUCUUCUAUUUAGGACAUAAUUCUUCUUCUCUCCCCAGUCUGCACAGCAUUUAGGCCAAGUGCAGGCCCUGAUGAAGUUAGUUUUUGACCUGUCUCACAGAUAAAGAAGCCUGAAGGGCAAGUUGCCUUUCUGAAGUCCUGAAGGAAGUGGUCACCUUGGAAGCCAGUCCUUUGGCACCCUCCUUCCCUGUUGCUGUAGCAAUUAACUUGUGUCUCUCCAAGGUGUCGGCUUGCAGAUAGACCCAUGGGCAUUGUGUUGAUCAGUAUGGGUGUCACAACAGGCCUAACAAGGGGGAGAGCUCCAGUGCUCUGAACAGGGGAUUUUCACAAAACAAGGAACUGCUUUUCCUCAGAAAGAGGGAAAUACAAAGCCUUUGAUUUGCAGAAGGGGAGCAGGAGCUCCAAAAAGUUGAUGGCCUUUAGUCAAACACAGGCUCCCAGCCAUGGUUGAAGAAAUGAAGCCUAUGAGCCCCAGCUCAGUGCACCUAGUGUGUGACACUGGCACAGGUUUGCUGUGGCAGACACCUUCAAGAUGACAUUGGUAAGGCUUCCCUGGCUUAGGGAGCAGUGAGGUCAGCUACAGGACUGCUGGAGGAGAAGACAGCUCUGUAUUCCCACUGAGAGAAACCCCUGCGCAGAAACCAUCUAAGUUCAGAGGAACACAAGCCUUGCAAGAAUAGCCUGGGUCUCGAAGCUUAUCCCCUGCCUCCCCAGAUGCAGCAAGCACUCUUAAAAAAUCCUACAGCAAAAUUACCAAAAUCCUUGUGUUCUGUAUUCCCUGUCCAAGUGUGGGAUUCUCCUGGUCUCCUCAUGUGAAGAAGGAAAGGACUAAUGGAUACCUCCUUCGUGUGAAACGUGCUGUAGCUGAGCAGCAAGGACAGGCCUGCCUGUCACCCAUGAGAACCUCCAGCCUUGCCUGAGCAGAACAGUGCCUCUGCUCCACUCCCUUCCUGUCAUCUGCUGCUGCGUUCUGGAGAAGACAGAUCACAGGAGGACCAAAGCAGGACACCUGCGCCACAGAUCCUGCACCCCAGUGGAUCAGAUGUCGUGAACCGUUUCUGGGCUGAGCUGGUUUUGCAGUGCAUCAGGAAGUGUGGAGCACCAAGUGUCCGUCAUGUCUGACUGGGUGCUCCUCGGGCUGAUCGCAGUGCUGGUUGUGCUGCUGCUGCUGACCGUCUUCGGCUUCGCUGUCUACUCGGGGCUCUUUACAGAGGUGGUUGUGAGUGCUGGCUCCCCACCUGUCGGCAACAUCACGCUGGCCUACAAGUUCAGGGUAGGCCCCUAUGGUGAAUCUGGGCAGCUCUUCACGGACGGCUGCAGCAUCUCUUCGAAGCUCUACUCCAUCGGUGUCUACUACGACAACCCGCACACGGUGUCUCCAGAGAAGUGCCGUUUUGCCAUAGGCCGAAUCCUCAGCGAGGGAGAUGCAAAGCCGUCAGAAGAGCAAAUCAAGCGGUUCCAGAAGUAUGGCUUCAAGAUUUUCUCUUUUCCUGCUCCCAGUCAUGUGGUCAUGGCGACCUUCCCAUUCACUACGCCAUUGUCCAUCCAUCUAGCAAUUAACCGUGUCCACCCAGCCCUUGACACCUACAUCAAGGAGAGGAAGCUGUGCGCCCACCCUCGAAUCGAGAUCUACAAGGAGGACCGCAUCUACUUUGUGUGUCCCCUCGCCCGCCAAGGGGACUUCUACGUGCCUGAAAUGAAAGAACUGGAGAGGAAGAGCAGGGCUGCCGCAGCUGAGGCCGAGGAUGCCCAGACAGACAUCACAGGGGCCGACACCAUGAGUGAGGCGAGCUCCAUCAGCAUAGAGGCCACGACUGACAGCAGAGACACCUCAGUGGCCACCUCCAUCCUGCUGCCAUUCCCAGCCAGCCGUGGCCGGGAGGAGGCGGACAACCGCAGCGAGCACAGCUACAGUGAGUCGGGAGCCAGUGGCUCCUCCUUCGAGGAGCUGGACCUGGAGGUCACCGUGGACGGAGAGGGAGCCCCAGGCCUGCUGCCCGACACGGGCUACUCAGGCAACCAGGAGGUCACAGACAAGUGGACCAAGGAGCCCAUUGCUGCUGAGAGAGGAGAAGAGUGAUGCAGAGACCUGGCUGCCUCGCCUCCCACUGGGGUCUGAGUUACUGGGAAAUGGUUGCCUUUCCCACCUCCUUCCUCUCCAGCCAAGAGAUUUCGGUUGCUGAUUCCCACCGAGACCCGCUCUCCCUCUUUGCAGAAAGGGUGUUUGGCCAUUUCGGGGAUACUGGGAGGUGGGGGGGUCUCCUGCAGCGCCUGGUGGUGCAGAGUGGGUGCAGGCUGGGGGGGCAGUGAAAUGCAUUUGCCGUUUGUGUGUCUCUAGAUGCGUUGCAUAUUCCUUGCAGGAGUUUCGGGGGGUGGUGGUGGAUGGCAGAGGUGUCCCCCCCCAUCUCUGCUGGUGCCCCUCUCACCCACAGCUUCUCUCUGCCGCCCUGCCACACGUUUUCUAGCACCAAAGAGCCGUGAGUAGGGUCAGUUGGGUUUGUUCCCCUCUUCUCUUCCCCUUGCUGAAAAAUGGAAAUAUCCCGUGUAAACCUGGUCUUCCUGGCACUGCCACAGGCGCUUUUGGGGUCUGUAAUAAAGUGGAUGCUUUUCCUCACUGGUG